GUUUGGUUUUAGAGUUUACGGUUUGGAUUUAGGGCCUAGGAUUUGGGUUUAGUAUUUAGGGGUUAGAUUUAGAUUAUGAUUUAGGAUUUUGUUGAGCAUCAUUAUUUUUUUCAAUUAUUUUAAAAUUUUAAAUACAAUUUAAUAUUUAUUAUUUAUUAUUUAUGUGACACUUUAACUGGCGGUGAGAGAGGUGGUGAAUUUAAAAGUUCGGGGUGAACCUAAAUUUUGUCUUUAGUAAUACUAAUGAAAGAACUUUAAAAUCUAAAAAAGUUAAUUUUUGGGAAACGAAAGAAAAUCUAGAAAAUAUAUGGAUGAACUAUUUUGUUGGGAGGGUAUGGGGGAUAAUAUCACAUUUAAAAAUGUUGGGUGUUAUGUUGGUACCUUUACACUAAUAAAGGAUCCAAAAUUUGAGACUUUUUCUAUACGAUUCACAGCUUGUAAUGAGCUAGCGAUCACAGUAGCCCCCACCCUUCUCUAACGUACACCACAACACAACUUAAACUUGGCGUCAUCUCUUCUUCUCAUUGGUUUUUAGCUUUCACAAACACGUAAACUUUGAUACAUUUCAUCCAUAAUCUCUCCUCAAUGGCUGUAUCACUUCAAACCAAGUACCCUCUAAGACCCAUCACCAACAACAUUCCAAGUACGCACCGUUCUUCACUUCUCCAUGUUCGUGUCACGUGCUCUGCUACUACCACCACCAACAAGCCUCAAGCUAAGCUUGUGGUCGAGAACCGUUUUAUGAGUCCUCCUCUUUCCAACGACCCAUCUCUCCAGUCAACAUGGACUCAUCGUUUAUGGGUUGCAGCUGGUUGCACCACAUUGUUUGCUUCUUUAGCUAAAUCUAUCAUUGGAGGGGUUGGUUCUCAUCUCUGGCUCGAACCAGCUCUAGCCGGUUAUGCAGGGUACAUCCUGGCUGAUCUAGGGUCUGGUGUGUACCACUGGGCCAUUGAUAACUACGGUGAUGAGUCAACUCCUAUAGUAGGAACCCAAAUCGAAGCGUUUCAGGGUCACCACAAGUGGCCUUGGACAAUCACUAGAAGACAAUUUGCUAACAAUCUACACGCUCUGGCUCGAGUCAUAACCUUCACGGUGCUUCCACUAGACCUUGCAUUUAAUGACCCGGUGGUUCAUGGCUUUGUGAGCACGUUUGCGUUUUGCAUAAUGUUUAGCCAGCAGUUCCAUGCCUGGGCUCAUGGAACCAAGAGCAAGCUUCCACCUCUCGUGGUGGCGUUGCAGGACAUGGGAGUGCUUGUUUCACGGAGAGAGCACGCGGAACAUCACCGGGCACCGUAUAACAACAAUUAUUGCAUAGUGAGUGGGGCUUGGAACAAAGUUUUGGAUGAGAGUAAGGUCUUUGAGGCGUUAGAGAUGGUGUUGUAUUUCAAGCUUGGGGUGAGACCGAGGUCAUGGAGCGAGCCAAACUCUGAGUGGACAGAAGAAAAAGACAUCUCCAACAACCACAAGGUUUAAAAUGUGUUUGAAAAAGAAUUAUUUAUACAUGCACAAGAGAAUUGAAGGAGCAUAAUAAUAUAAGAUUUACUUUUCAUAAUGUUAAAUGCACAAAGAGAGCAUGUAACAGUUUUACGUAUCACAUCCAACGAAUAGUAAAUAGAAGAGAGACACAA